AUGAAGAAGGUAAUGAAGCCAUCUUCGAAGAUUCCCGUGAGCUGGUGGACCGCAAGCACUUCGCCCCAGGGGGGAAGUAUCACUCUUGUUCGCGAUGACACCCUCGUGACCGCUGGUCACUGUGCCUUUGACCGGAGCCAGAACGAUGGGAAAGGGUUCGGUCGGGCGAUCGAGGUUAAAGCGUACAUUGGCUACAACGGCAAAAGGUCUAUCAAUGACCCCGACGUCCAGUUCCGGCACGGCGUCCAGAUCGUGACCACCGAAGGAUGGCUUCAAUCUGGGGUGAAUCGCCAUCAAGACGUGGCUUUUAUCCGGCUCGAUCGGCCCCUCACCUAUGUCACUACCCUUUUCAAGCCGACUGAGACCCCCUUGAUAAGCAAGGAUAUCAUUUUGGCGUAG